CGACUCUCCCCCAUUUUACCUCACUCCUUUGUUCCUCCCUCCCUCGUGCACUCCGCCACCCUCUCUCUUUCUCUCUAUUUCCAUUUUCAGAUCCAUUUUCUAAUGGCUUCCAUUGCUACUUCCUCUGUUUUCUUCCCUGUUUCUAGCUCUUUGAAGCAAAACCAGGUCUCAAAUUUGAAGAUGGUUUCGCUUUCAUUCACAGGGAAGAACUUCCCGUCUCUUAGGUUGCAGCCUCCACGUUUCCGCGUUGCCUGUGCGGCUAAACCAGAAACAGUGGAGAAAGUGUGUGAGAUUGUGAGGAAGCAACUUGCUCUCCCUGCCGAUUCUGCUGUCACUGGAGAGUCGAAGUUUGCAUCACUUGGUGCCGAUUCCCUUGACACGGUUGAGAUUGUCAUGGGACUGGAGGAAGAGUUCGGGAUCAGCGUGGAAGAAGAGAGUGCCCAGACCAUCACCACCGUUCAAGAAGCAGCCGAUAUGAUCGAAAACCUCAAGGCUAAGAAGGCUUGAAAAAUUUGAGCAAACAUUUAGCGGCCUAGGUUUGCCUGGGUAGUUCCUUAACAUAUAUUUAAAUCUUGGUUUGCUUUAUAAUGAUCCCUACAUAGUCGUUGUCUUUGCUCGUUUUGUUCCGUUCGGAGGAACUAGCUCAUCUCAUUCUUCGUUUUCUUAUUUCUGCUACAUCUUUACCAGAACAUGUCGAAGGACUUAUUUUAAUUUUUUUUUCUUUUUUUUUUUUUUAACCGUUUUCAUUUCGUUGAUGGAAUCAUUUGUGGUUUUACUAUAAUUCAUUUAGAUUUGAGCUA